GUCUAGCUUCAACUGACUCAUGAUUUCAAUUAUGAAAAUACUAAAUCUUCACAAAAAAACCUCUUCUAAUUAUAAAACUUAAGUGUUUGAUUCUUUAAAUGCAUUUGAUAAAUCGAUUGAUAUUUGAUUCUUUAAGAUCAUUAUUUACCUUUAUAAAUGAUAAAAGAUGUUGGAAAGCUAGUGAAUACUCACUUCACAUAAAACAAUCAAUGAUUUAGAGUUGUUUACUGAAAGCUAAUGAACUUCCAUAUUUUAUGCUAUUAAUAGAUGUCUAAAUAAAAUGAAUGGAUGAAUGUAUUCAUCCGUAAAAUUAGGUUUUGUUUAAAGUAUAACAAUUAAUUUAGUUUGUAUUGAAUAAAUUUCCGUCUUCAGAUUUGAUUCUUUCUUAUUUUCUGACUGGUUUUGAAUUCGAUUUCAUACUUGAUUAAUUGAAUUGUGUUCCACUAUGGUGUCAAGACAAUAUCAUUUGUUAUGAAUUUAGUCAGUUUGCAACCAAUGAAAAAAUUGAAACUGAACUAAUUCACAUUGCUUACUUAAGUCAUAUUGGUUUUUGUUUCUCAAAAAAUCAUCAUGGAUUAUAUGAAUAAAAACCGUAGUUUUACAUUCUUCCUCUACAAGAUAAAGUUAGCCGACAUCUUAGCUCUUGUAGCAUCAAGAAAUAAGUCGGUUGUUUCAUCGUAAUAUCAGAUUAAUACAGUAGGAUAUUUACUAGUUCUAUGAUUUUCCGUGAAGUCUAGUACUCAUCAAUUAUCAUUUGUUCUGUUUAUUCACAACAGAAUUCAACCAAACUAAAUAUUAUGGGUUCAUCAUGUAUGGUUAAGAAUGUUAACUCUUAAAUUAAUGAGUUAACCUAUUAGCUAUUUAAAAUGCUAUUUUCUCGUUAUACUGCCUGAUACAUUUUAAGUAUUGGAAGAAGAUAACACAAGAUUCCUGUUCAGCUGUCUAAAAUUAUCCUACCGCCUGCAGGAAUUGAAGAUCUGUGAUCUGAUUCUCUCUAAGGUUAUUGAUUUGCAUAAAUAUGAACUGUGUAAAAGUUAAUAAACCUCCCAUAACUUUGAAACUUCUGUUUAUUAUGACUGUGAAACUAGUAACCAUCCUAAUCAUCAGACAGAAAGGAGUCUAUUCGAAAGAAAAUUCAACUACCUAACUAUUUGGUAAUAUUUGAUUUCUGAAUUAGUUAAUUUCCUCUAUAUUUGACUCCGAUAAAUAGUAUCCCGUUAACGCAUGUUAAAUCUCCUACUGGAAUGAUGAAUUUACUCGAGAUUUAUUCAAAAGCUCGAACACCAGUUAUAGAGAUAAUUUAUUGUUACAGAUUAGUAAAAUCCGCAAGCGUGCAGAAAGCAAGCACACAGGGAAACAAAUAAUGACUUAUCAAUGGUUAAUUGGUAUACAAAUAUCCUUGUUAUUUGUUAACUGCAUAUGUAAUGCGUCAGAAUGGUCUUAUACAAAUAUAUUAACUGGACCAGAAACAUGGCAUGAACAUUAUAAAAAUAUGUGUUCAGGUUAUUAUCAAUCACCAAUUGAUUUGAAGACAGAUAUAUCUACACUUGAUUUAAAAUUAAAAACUGUGAUAAUUUAUCGAAACACAUCAUCUACUGAAACUACUACAAUUCAAAAUAAUGGUCACUCAGCUGAAGUUAAAUUUCCACGAAACACUUGGUUUAUAUCGUUUGAUGGCAUGCUUGAUUAUAAAUAUGAAAUCAUACAAAUGCAUUUCCACUGGGGUAAUACUGAUGAUCGUGGAUCUGAGCAUACAAUUGAUGGACUUAGAUUUCCUUUAGAAGGACAUAUUGUAUCGUUUCGAAGACAGAUGUAUUCUUCACCCAGUGAAGCUGUUGGUCGACCAGGCGGACUUGCUGUUCUUGGUAUCAUGCAUCAAAUUGUUGAAUCAAUAAAAUAUGAACAAACAGCGUUCAAGGCAUAUAACAAUUUUUCUGGUGUACUGAAUUCGCAAUUCGUCCCUACAAAUAAUCCGACAAUUAAUGAUACGAAUUUAGAGCUACUUCUGAGCUUUUUGAAUCCUAGUCGUUAUUUUCGCUAUUUGGGUUCACUAACAACUCCACCAUGCACAGAAAAUGUUCUUUGGACUAUUUUUAUAGAUCCAGUGCCAAUUACACGUGAACAGGUUAAUCUAUUUCGUAAUUUACCUUAUGGUUCCAAUGAAAAACAAACUAGUAUGGGUGAUAAUUUUCGUCCUAUUCAACUAUUAAAUCCAAUAGAUACACUUGCAUCACGUACUCUAUAUCGAGCCACAGCAUCAAGUCUUUCAUUAUUAUCUUUACCAGGUAUAUUAUGUAUCAUGAUGACCAGUCAACUUAGUGUGAUAUUUUUAUAAUUAAUUUAACUCAAAAAAACAUUUAUGCCCGAAAUAUUUAGCUACAUCUGCUAGACCGAAAUUCUUAUCCUUCCAGUCUUUGAAUGAAAAGAAGAAAAAUAAAUAUUUGCCAUUACUACUUUAUAGAGUCAAUUUUCUCUUUUUUUUUAUAUUUUCUUAUUUGUUUUGUAAAUAAGUAGUUGUGAUUGAACAUUCUGAUGUGCUUGAUUUCACGUCAAAAUGUUUUCCUUUAUUAUUAUAUAUUAUGGAUUACACAUAACAUGUAAGAGUUCCUUGAUUAAUUACCUCAGUACUUAUUGUUUACUUAUUCUAGCUCUUCAUUAGUUUAUUUCUACUUUCCUCUUCAAGAUUGGAAAUUAUGUAUUCAUGAUUUAUUCAACGUAAUCAAUCAUCAGUGAAUAAAAAAAGAUAUUUAAUCU